CAUCGAUUCCUUCAAUUCCCGGAGUACCAGACCCAUCCAGUCUUCCCGGUGCAUUCCAAAAAGCAGGUAGCGGAUUUACCAAAGGUAUUCCAGGCGCUGAUAGCAUCCCAUUACCACGUGCAACGCGCUCGGCCCCUCCAACAGCUGUACGAUCAGAUUGAUUAACCGCAGUAGUUUGAUUUAGACACAAUAUUUGGCCAUGAGAAAGACAUUUUCCUCCUUAUCUUUUGUUCCAAAACAGGCACCAGAUACGGAUAAAAUGAUGAUGACACGCAUUGUUAAACGUGAAGCACGUGGAACUGGAAAUUUGCCCACAAAAACGGGUUAAAUUUUUAACCACAAAUUCCCACACACACACACACACACACAACACAACGCACUUAGUUGCGUUAUCCCCUUUGAUCUUCAAAAUAUAUCUUUUGCACUUCUUUUUGAAUUGAAUCCAUUUGAUGUGCAGUUAUUUAUUCUAUCCUUAACAUAUUGACACUUCUAUGUUGAUAAAAAAGAAAAUGUAAAAAGAUUUAUAAAUUUUUUUCGAAUAAACUUUCUAUUUUCCCCUUCGCAAACGACGAUGUAACAGUGUUUUAUUCGUUUGUAUUGGUUUGAGAUGACACUUUGCUUUCCAGACAAUCAAUUCCAAGAAUUUAUUUUCAUUCGUUUCAAUAAAUCAUAAACAGUGCAAAUGAACGUUGUUUACAAAUCAUUAUGCUGAAUCACAGGCAAGAACACACACACACAGUAUCAUCUCUGACAGAUUUCGUUGAAACAUAAAGAAGACGCGCAAACGAAAUGAGUGCAUGUGACAGUUACAUUGAGACACUUUAGUUUGAAGGUUGUUCAAAUGAAUGACAAUUGAGCAAAUGUUUGAUAUACAUCGUUGAAAAAAAAAAAUGGAUUAAAUCUCUUGAAAAAUAACAAAAAUACUAGCGACAUUUCGGGAAAGAAUUAUUUGAAAAAGAAAAAUGGAAGUAAUUGUUGGUAAUCAUACAUUGAUCAUAAAUCCAGAAAAGUCGUGUCGAUUAUGUUUGUCACAGUCAUUGGAUAUGCACAAUAUUUUCUCAAGUUUGAUUGUUGAUGGUUACAUCGUAUCAGUUGUUGAUAUGCUGGCAUAUACAUUUGAUAUAACUGUUAAUAUAAACAACAGGUUGUUGCCGCAUCACAUUUGUAACGAUUGUCAAAAGCAAGCUGUCGCUUUUUACACAUUCAAGCAAAAAAUUAAAAGACUGGAACAAUCAUUGUUUUCCAUAUUGUCUUUGCCCGAAACUGAUUCUCCCACGAAUGACGUUGUUCAAGGUGCGGAUGCCGGUGACACAACACCAACGGAAUUUGCGAUCGGCUCACACAGCGAACUGAUCGAAUUAGAUGUUUUUGAAGUGGAACAAGAUAUUGAAAGUUCGGUCAAAGAAAAAGCGGUCGAAAUUUGCAGGUUUCAAGCAACUAACAGCGAUGAAACAAACAAUAAUUCGGAAAUUAUUACCAAUCCUAUUUUCAACAUUGAACAUCAUGAUUUAUUGAUUGUGGAAGAAAAAGACGAAAAAGACUCAACACAAGUGCAAUCAACGCGAACAUUGCGUCGUAGUUGUCGUGCUGCCCGGAAUUGUUUGGAACCAAAAAAUUCUCACACAAAGCGUCUACGAUCAGAAAAGAAGACAAGCAAAAAAUCAGGUUUGGAAACUGUAGCAUUGAAAGUUUGCUUCGCAAAUGUCGUUGAAAGCAAUGACGAUGAUGAUGAGUUCAACGAUGGAAAUGACAACGAAUUCAUUGACUUCAAUCAUCAUACAAUGCGUUUAAUCAUCAAGCAUUUUGAUUUCUUUGCGUGUCACAAUUGCUGUCUACUUUUCAUUUCCAACGAAAAGCUAAAUGAACACAACACCAGCUCGCACCCUAGUAUUGAAUUAGAAAACAUUGACAAGUCAUGCGCUUCAGACUAUACAUUUCUCAAUGACUCCAAGAUACUCAAAGUGUACUCUUGUGGAGAAUGCAGUAAAUCAUUCUCGACUGUGGGCAAGCUGAAAAGUCACGUCCUCAGUCAUGCCAACAAAUUUGACUGUCCAAUCGAAAAUUGUGGAUGUCAAUACAAGCAUUUGGCACGUCUCACCAAUCAUAUUUCCAAAAAGCAUAUCAACAUGAAGCACCAGAUCUGCUUCCAUUGCAACCAAUCUUUCGAGUCAUACGAUGAUCUUCAGACACACAUCAGGAAUUCUUGCAAAGCAAAGAUAUUUGAGUGCUUUGAAUGUGAUAAAAAAUUCUUCUCGAAAAAAGCGUUAGCUGAACAUUUGAAAAACAUUGACGGAAAAAAAUUCAAGUGCAGUACAUGUGGCAAGGCUUUUAAACAGCAAAGUGAACUCACCAUCCACAUCCGAUCACAUACGAAUGAGCGACCAUUCCAGUGCACCAUCUGCAAUAAAUCCUACAAGACCAGCAGCAUGCUCACAUCUCAUAUGGAUUCACACAUCAGCGGAAAGACAUUUGAGUGCCAAAUCUGCAACACGAAUUUACAAUCCCGUGCAACAUAUCGUAGUCACAUGAAGCGUCAUAGGGUUGGAAAAAAACAUGAAUGCGAACACUGUGGCAUGAAAUUCUUCUCCAAUUAUCAUAUGCGAUUGCAUCAAUCAAAUGUGCAUAGGGAAAACGUGUCUAAUAUUCAGGCCGAAAUCCAUGACAACAACAAUGAUAACCUCAACCAAAUUAUGAAUGAUGGUGAUCUUGCUAAAUUCAUCGAUAACGAUGACAUUAUGAAUUUUUUCUUAUAAUAUCUGGAUAGAUUUGUAUAUCAGAACAAAUUUUCCAACUUUUAAUGUACUUCUCCAGAAGUCACAAUUCAAUUUGGAUUAAUUUUAUGAAUUACGUUCACUGCUGUGAUCUUCGUUACAUAUUUCUUUAAAUAUUAAUUGUAUUUUGAUACUUGAAGAAUUAUUACCAAAAUACUCAUAUUGAAAAAUUUUAAAUUUUAAAUAAAGAAGUCUAUUUCAGUGAAUUUUUCUGUAACAAUCGACUUUCGUUGUUGGAUUUUGAAUUUGGUUGUCACCAGCUCCACUUAACCUUAAACGAGUGAGUGUAUGAUGAUGAACUGAAAAGGAAUCAUUAAAUUGUGUACUCAAUUUCUAUUCUCGGAAAUUUUCAAUAUAUAAUUUUUUUUAAUUGAAAUUAAAAAAAGAAAAAAAAACGGUUUUAAUUUAACGUUGAAAAUAUAACAGAUUUAAUAUACUCUAUGAACCCGAUCCACAUUGUUUUAACCGUCUCCACUGAAUGACAUACUAAAAAAAUAUCAUCAAACGAGUUGUACUAAAGAGUGAAACGUCAAAUGUCUUCUGAAGAAAAAAAAAUGUAUUAAAAUAGGUGCGUUUGACAGAAGUCGAUGAAAUACAGUGAGACGCGCAUCCAUUUUAAACGCAUCAGUUCAGAGAUUAUUCAAUUCCAGUCAAAUGAAAAGCAAAUUCAAUACGAACGUUCAUUGAAAAUACAGAAACACAGUUUAAUUCCCGCUACGUUCAAAAUUGCAAAAAAAAAAAAGAGAAAUCAACAAACGAAAAACCAGCUUAGAAUUUUAGCCAAGAAAAAUGACUGAAAACUCAAUGGAAAUAAUCGAUGGAAAUUACGAAUUGGAUAUAAAUCCAAAGAAAGUGUGUCGUUUGUGUUUGUCACAGCCGCCGAACUUGUUGAAUGUUUUCUCAAACUCAAUAGUAGACGGUUACAUUAUAUCGGUUCCAGAUAUGUUGGCAUUUACCGUUGAUAUCACCGUUACGGCCGAUGACAAAUUGCCCAACAAAAUAUGCAGCGAAUGCAAGAAGCAAAUCAUUUCUUUUUAUACAUUUAAACAAAAGACAAAACGAACCGAGCAAUCGCUCAUUUCGAUGAUCUCAUCGGAAACAAGCACGGCACAAGAGACUGCUGUUCAGGAGGUGGUCACUUGUUCAUUGUGUGAGGCUACAUUUGAUACAGAAAGCACUUUCAUCCAACAUGCACAACAGGAGCAUCACGAUGUUGACGUCUACGAAUUGGAAAAUCAAUCGACAAAAAUUAUUAAGCCGAAUUCCAAAGAGCAACAAAUUGAAUUUUACGAUUUUGAUUCGAUGGGAAAUGUGGGCGAGAGUGGCAAUGAAACCGAAAUCACCGAUAACAUUCAAAUUGAUGAACACGACAUGUUAUCGAUGGACGAUGAACCAGCGGCAACAGCUCUGCCAACUCGAUCGUUGCGUGCUCGUACAGCCGCGAAAUCAAAGGCGAAAACGGAAACGUUGGUGAAAGCAAAACGCGCUCAACCGCCAGUGGAAAAAUCAAUUCCUCCAAAACUGUCUUUUAAGGCGGAAAUCAGCGAUCUGGAUGAAAAUGAUGUCGAUGUAACCGAUGACUACGAUUUCGAUCACAGUGGCAGCGAAUCUCUCGAUUUUUACGAGUGUCCACUUUGUUCAACACAGUUUGCCGACAGAGAUGAGUACAUUCAGCAUUGUAGAGAGCACGAUGGAACCGAAUACCAAUGCGAAAGUUGUAACAAACUCUUUGACGAUGAAGACCAGCUGCUGCAGCACGACUGUGAGACAACGGACAUGAAUGACGAAGAAUUGGUUUGUGUACCGUGCAACAAACGAUUGAAAUCAACGGCACAGUUGCGACAACAUAACAAAAUGCACGAUUCGAUGAGCUUGAUUAUUAACUACCUUGACUUUUUCCCGUGCCACGAUUGUUGCCUGCUUUACAUUUCCAAAGAUCGACUAAAUGAACACAAUGCAAAUGUACAUCCAGGAAAGGGUGGCAAAACUGGUUUAACGGAAAAAAUCGUCGAUGAAUCGUGCACCGACUAUCAAUUUUUGGAUGAGGAAAAGCAAUCGGAUUUCAAAGAAGGUGAAGUUUAUUCGUGUGGAGAGUGCAGCCAGUCUUAUCAGACAAUUAACGAACUAAAGUACCACGUCAUUUUGCAUGCCAGCAAAUUCGAGUGUCCGAUCGAAGAGUGUGGUUGCCAGUAUGAUCAGAUGUCACGGCUCAGCAUUCAUGUGCUCAACAAACACAUCAACACCAAGAAUUUGCAAUGCUUACACUGUAGCCAAGCAUUCCAAACAUACGACGACCUUCAAACUCAUCUCAAACACUUUUGCAAAGAAAAGAAAUUCAAGUGCUAUGAAUGCGACAAAAAAUUCUUCUCAAAAAAGGCCCUAAUUACACAUUUGCGAACACUGAAAGAGAAAAAGUUCAAAUGUAAACUGUGCGGAAAGGCUUUUAAACAGCAAGGUGAACUCACCAUUCAUACUCGAUCACACACGAAUGAGCGACCAUUCCAGUGCACCAUCUGCAAUAAAUCCUACAAGACCAGCAGCAUGCGUGCAGCUCACAUGGAUUCACACAUCAGCGGAAAGACAUUUGAGUGUCAACUCUGUGAUAAGAAGUUGCAGUCGCGGACCAGCUAUCGCAAUCACAUGAAACGCCAUACGGAAGAAAAGAAACAUGAAUGCGAACACUGUGGCAAGCGAUUCUUCACCAGAUACCACUUGAAAUUGCAUCAGUCGAAGAUUCACAAGGGGCUCAGCACCGAAACAACGAGUGCUGCUGAUCUGGCCCAAUUGAUUGACGACGAUAGCACAAUGAUCAUCUUUGAAUAAAUUCAUUUGGAAUUGGUGUUCUUCAUCACGCAUAAACUGAACGAAAACACACAACACUUCUUUUAUUGUACGUUAACAUAUGUAUUCAAAAAUAGGGAUAAUAAAGGGAUAAAAUAAUAAA